AUGAAUAGAUGGGAAGAAAAAGACAAGAGAGGUGGAAGUAACAUACAAUGUUUGGUACCAGGAGUACUUGCUGCGGAUGGAGAUGACGAUAGCGCAAUAUCAACAACAAGAACAGGAACAACACUGCUGCUAGGGAAUGAAAAGACGUUGAGUGAGGUGAGCCGGGUGACACUUGUAGGAGCAACACAGACAACUCGUGCAAAAGAGCUGUCUACUGUGUCGUCAACAGCGACUCCUAUUACAACAAGAACAACAAGAGUGUCAUCAUUGUCAGUCGCAUCAUCAAAGACUACUGAAAAUGAGCAAGAUCAAAAAAUGUUCAAGUUGGUAUUUACUAUAGGAUCUGAUGAUUCGUACUAUAAUGCUCAGUUUCAGUUUGGUGACCAAAAAGAAGUUGGUCUUCGUUUGGAUUUGGUGCAACCUGAAAUUUGGGUAAUGAAUCAAGAGUCCUUUGUCGCCUGCUCCGAGAUUACAAACUGUGCCAGAAGAGGUGUUUACACAAGUACAGCAUUGGAGUCGAUGCCAACUCCAUCGUCUAAUUCCGGUGUUUCAGUGAGAAACGGACAAGAUUACAUUAUUCCAUACAUGAAUCCAAUACAAGCUAGAGGAGAGUUUGUUACUGACAAUAUGAAUUUCAAUAUCACAAAUGGCAUGAACUUGCAAAUGUCAAAUAUAACGUUUCUUGAUGCAAAUGUUACAAAUAUGUAUGUUGGUGGAUUGGGACUUGCAAUUAGGCCCCAAGGCUCUGGCUUCUUACCUACUUUAGUUGAACAAGGCAUUAUACGAUCUCCAGGGUAUUCAUUAUGGUUUAAUACCUUUAAUGAUACCGAUGAUUACGAUGAUUACUUUGCUCAAUUGCUUCCUGGAGUUGUCAAUACAAAGUAUUUGAUUGGAGAUUUAUACGAAUUUGAAAUGUUGCCUCAUAGUGGCACGAAAUAUCCCGAGUACCCAUAUAUAGAACAGGAUUUGGCUCGUCUUACACUUCCAGUUAUAAAUCUAGAUGAUAUUAGAGUUGAACGAUUAGACCUUGGAGAAAGUCUUUCUAUGAAAUCAGAUGAUGAAGCAUUACCGGUCUUGCUUGAUAGUAGAAUCAUUUACUCAUAUUUACCUUUAAGUGUUAUUGUUAACCUCGCCAUACAAACAAAUGCAUAUUAUAGUGCCGAAGCAGGACGUUGGCUAGUCGAAUGCGAUACACUUUCAGCCAGUAAUGCAACGAUUGUAUUUCAAAUUGGAUCAAACUUGUCAAUAAAAGUUCCUAUACGAGAUUUCCUCAUUGAGGCAGUAUUUCGAGAUAAUUUGCUUCAUUUUGAAAGUGGCGCAGAAGCAUGUUAUCUCACUCUUUUACCGAAUAGUGCCUCGGGGUUCAAUGCAUUGGGACUACCAUUUUUAAAACACAUUUACCUCGUGGUGGAUAAUGAAGGCUCAAAAGUAGCAAUAGCGCAAACCAAUAGCUACCUCAAUGUAAAUCGAUCUACUUUGUUUAAUGACAAUGAUGAGAAGAGAUUACAAGCAUUUAAUCAAUCAGCAUUACAGUUUCUCUCAUCAUCUAGCACUAGCACCAGCACCAGCACCAGCACCAACACCAACACCAACACCAACACCAAUUCCAAUUCCAAUUCCAAUUCCAGCUCGAUAGCCUAUAUUGAAUCAGGCACAAUCCCAUUUGCAACAUCAGCAAGCUAUAUCCACAAAAACGGCGUAUUAUCAUAUUCGAAAAUAGAUCAAAAUGUAUCCUAUGAAACAGUGGUUUUGGAUAUUCCUGCUAGACUAAGCGGGGCUGUUAUUCGUUCAGGUUCAAUUUACGUAACAGGAUAUUCAGGUGAACAAUCAGCUGAUACCGAAAUGCAAAUGAGAACUUCUACAUUUGCAAAUCCUAAUUCAGGCUCUUCAAAUAAAGCAUUUAUAAGUUCUACAGUUGGAUAUAAAAGUAAAUUUUGGGUAUUGUUUAAUUAUGGUAUAUUAAUAGCCAUCAUUUUAGGAGUUGCUUUAAUUUUAUGA